AAGGCACAAAAUAAAAAAAUCAAUUUAAUAGCUUGUCAAAUUUUACUACUCCCAGCUCACAAGUACCAUCAUAGAUCCACCCCUCACCUAUACACACAAACUCCCUGUACGUAUACAUCUAACUGACAGUUCAUAUCUUACCAAAUCCAUCUCAACUCCAGCUCUCUCUCUCUCUCAUAAGUAAUAAAUCUCUCUCGUAUAUCUCUCUCCCUCUCUCUCUCGUAAGUAAUAAAUCUCUCUCGUACAUCUCUCUCUCUCUCUUAUUUAUAGAUAUAAGUUAAGUAUUGUUAUAGUUAUAAUAUUGGAGAUGACAGCUCAAUUGGAGUUAUAAUAGUGCGAAACUGGAGCUAGUAGUUGACAAAUUGUUGAGUUGAGAGAUCUGGAAUUGAUCGUGAUCGGAGAGAGAUGGACGGCGGAGACGGCACGAUUAAGCUGGGAACGAUCAAUAUGAGGCCGAUUGAUCGAUGUUUUAACUCGGAGCCGGAUGUUUCGGUUUCGUCUCCGGUCACGAAACAGAAGGCUGCUGCUGCUAAGGAGUUUAUUGAGAAUCAUUACAAGAAUUAUCUUCAAGGAUUGCAGGAUCGUAAAGAGAGGAGGCGAGCAUUGCAGAUGAAGGCGCAGGAAGCACAAGUGUCAAGUGAGGAAGAAGAGCAGAUGAUGAAAAAUUUGGAAAGGAAGGAAACAGAGUAUAUGAGAUUGCAGAGGCAUAAGAUGGGAAUUGAUGAUUUUGAGCAGUUGACUGUCAUUGGUAAAGGUGCCUUUGGUGAGGUUAGGUUAUGCCGUGCUAAAAGUACCGGAGAAAUUUUUGCACUAAAGAAAUUGAAGAAAUCUGACAUGCUUAGCCGUGGACAGGUUGAGCAUGUUCGAUCCGAGAGAAAUUUGCUUGUUGAAGUUGAUAGUCGGUGCAUAGUAAAACUUUUUUGUUCUUUUCAAGAUUCGGACUUCUUGUACCUUAUUAUGGAAUAUUUACCUGGUGGUGACAUUAUGACAUUACUGAUGAGAGAGGAUAUUCUUUCCGAAGAUGUUGCACGAUUUUACAUAGCGGAAAGUGUUUUGGCUAUCCAUUCUGUCCAUCAACACAACUACAUACACAGGGACAUAAAACCAGAUAACUUGAUACUGGACAGAAAUGGUCAUUUGAAGCUCUCUGAUUUUGGCUUGUGUAAGCCCUUGGACAACAAAUUCUCAUCUAUAAUGUUAGAUGAUGAAGAUUUUUCAACUCAGGGGACUUUAGGCGACAGUGAAGGGGAUCCCACUUGGUUAAUGCCAAAGGAAAAGUUAGAACAGUGGAAACGAAAUCGCCGGGCUCUGGCUUAUUCUACUGUUGGAACUCUUGAUUAUAUGGCACCUGAAGUUCUUCUCAAAAAGGGUUAUGGUAUGGAGUGUGAUUGGUGGUCUUUAGGGGCAAUCAUGUACGAAAUGCUAGUAGGCUAUCCUCCCUUUUGUUCAGAGGAUCCGAGAAUUACAUGUCGAAAGAUAAUCAACUGGAGGACAUGCUUAAAGUUCCCUGACGAACCAAAAGUACCACCAAUAGCUAAAGAUUUGAUAUGCCGUUUGCUGUGUAAUGUUGAAAUAAGACUUGGGACAGGAGGGGUUGAAGAAAUUAAGGCACAUCCAUGGUUUAAUGGUGUCAACUGGGACACGUUGUACGAGAAUGAAGCUGCCUAUAAGCCUACAGUCAGUGGAGACCUGGACACACAAAAUUUUGAAAAGUUCACGGUAGAAGGCCCUCCAACUUCUGGACCACGAGUUGGACCCUGGCGGAAGAUGUUGACAUCAAAAGAUUCCAACUUUAUAGGGUAUACCUUUAAGAAAUCAGAUAUGCUAAAAUCAGUUGGAAGUUCAGGCACAAUUAAGAAGGCCAACGGAUCGUCGAAACCACCAUCUCUUGUAUCUUUGUUUGGUGAAGUAAACUUACAAGAAACUGCCAUGGCAGAGGAUGAUCAGGAGGGGAAAAACUAAUGCAAGCCUUGACAUUACUUUUUAAGGUUCUGCUGCGAGAUGGAACAGUCAGGGCAUGAAGAUCAACUCCAAAGAUCAUAUGAUUUUGCAAUAUUUUUUUCUUAAUUAUUUUUUGGUUCCGUUAAUAUAAUUUUUAGUUGAUUAUUAUCCA